AAGGUCUUUGCAGGGAGGGGGAACCGGGGCCUUCGAAAAGGAGGAGGACGCCCUCAGUGACGGGGGUCAAAGAUGAUGACGGCACAUGUGAAGCUGAGGAGGGAGAAGGGCAGCCUGGCCGAGUACGAAUCGCAGAUGAAAGACCUGCGGACCCAGCUGACGGACCAGAUCAAGAUCUUGGACUCCCAGGUGGACGUGAAGCAGCAGCAGCUCUCCGACCUCUCCGAGUUCCUCCGGCGCCGAGGCGACAUCGAGGCCGAAUACGCUCGCGCCCUCGACAAGCUCACCGAGCGCUUCACCCACAAGACGAAGAAGAAGGAGCAGUGGGGUCAGUCGGUGUGCCAGGUCUGGUCCGUGCUGCUGACUCAGACUCGUCUGGAGAGCCGGGAGCACGCGGCGCUGGGCGACACCUGCUGCAACACGCUCACACAGCAGCUGGCCCACGGCACCGAGGACACGCACCGGCUGCACAAACGGAGCAAAGAGGUCGGCAUCCAGAUGCAGGACGAGCUGCUGAAGGUCACCACUGAAAUGCAGACGGCCCUGAAGACGUACAACCAGUACCACACCGACUGCCUGAUCGCCGAGGGGAAGCUGAAGGAAGCCGAGCGGUUGGAGGAGAGACACACCGGCAAGUCAUCCGAGCUCGGCCUCGGCCAAUCGGGAGGGCAGAGGCGGAGCUCCGUCAAGAAGAUGGAGAGAUUGAUGGAGAAACGGCACGGCAGGGUGCAGGAGAACCAGCUGAAGUGCACCAAGGCUCGUAACGACUACCUGCUGAAUCUGGCGGCGGCCAACGCGGCCAUGAACAAGUACUACCUGCAGGACAUCAGCACGCUCAUCGACUGCUGCGACCUGGGUUUCCAUCUGUCCGUGGAGAGGGUGAUGAACUGCUACCUGGCCAGCAGAGGGCGCAUCCAGAAGACGGAGGAGUCGGGCCUCAAGCAGCUGGAGGCGGCCGUCACCUCCCUGGACCAGGGCGGGGACCGAGACGGGCUGCUGCAGCAGCACGACGCCGCCUUCUGCCUGCCCUUCAGGUUCAGCUACCACCCGCACGAGGGAGACCAGGUGUGCGAAGUGAGUGCGGAAAGCCAGGUGAGAUACGAGCUGGAGACCCGCUUCCAGCAGCUUCAGUCUCGACUCGCCGCCGUUACCUUGGAAACGGAGGAGGUCAGUAAAACUCUGAAAGCCACACUCGCGGCCCUGCUGGACAACAUGUGUGAGAGCGACUGUAACCCCUCCCCCGACGUGCCCAGCAGCCUAUCGCAUGAGCCGCUCGGAGGAAACGCCGCCCCAAAACUUACCCUCGCCAAGCGGCGAGCCAAUCAGCAGGAGACUGAGACCUACUACUUCACGAAAGUGAAGGACUUCCUCAUCAGCAGCUCUCUGACCUUCAAACUUCAAGCCAAACACGACCUUCUACAUGACGCCAUACAGAAAGCCGAGGCCGUGGACACCGACCCCUCCAGAAUGCAAUGUGCUCGGUCAGUGCGCGUUCGGAAGUCCAGACCCGUUUCCCAAUUCUGCCACACACUCUUCACCACAGACAUACUCUCCUACAUACAGAGCUCUGGGCAGCAGAUUCCUGUGGUGGUUGAGAGCUGCAUCCGUUUCAUCAACCUUCACGGCCUCCACCACGAAGGGAUAUUCCGAGUUCCCGGGUCACAGAGGGAGGUCAACCACAUCAGAGACGCUUUUGAGAGAGGAGAGGACCCUCUGUCGGACAGCGAGUGUGACCUGGACUCUGUGGCCGGUGUGUUGAAGCUCUACUUCAGGGGCCUUGAGCCUCCCCUCUUCCCCUACGACAGCUACUCCCAGCUACUGGAGUGUGUCCAGAUCGAAGGCGUGUCGGAGAAAGACGCCCAGAUCAAAGCCGUCAUCUCCACGUUCCCGCGGCCGCUCCUCAUCGUGAUGCGCUACCUGUUCGCGUUCCUCCAUCACGUGUCUCAGUACAGCGACGAGAACAUGAUGCAGCCCUACAACCUGGCCGUGUGCUUCGGGCCCAGCCUGCUGAGGGGGCUGGACUCCGACGACGCCGUCGCCCAGCAACCGCAGGUCAACGACCUGGUCAAGACCAUGAUCCUCCAGCACGACGGCAUCUACCCCGGCCAAUCGGAGCUGCCGGGCCCCGUCUACGAGAAGCACAUGACCCUGGAGCAGGAGUACUGUGAACCAAUCACAGAGGAGGGAGACGGAGAGGCGGAGCAUCUGCCCAGUGAGGACGAGUGGGAGGCGGUGGCCAUGUUUGACUACUCGGCGAGGUCUCUGGCGGAGCUGUCCUUCAAGCAAGGGGAGCUGCUCAUCCUGCACAGCAAGGCCUCCUGUGAUUGGUGGAGAGGCGAAGUGGGCGGGGUUAAGGGUCUCAUCCCUCACAAGUACAUCAGCGUGCUGGAAGGAUCAGAGCGAGGAGGGAAGAGAGAGGACGGAGGAGGAGGAGGAGGAGGAGGAGGCGGCAGCACUGGAAACCUAACGACAGAUGAUCCACAGAUGAAGAACACAACCCGGAUGCGGGUGAACAGCGACAGCGCCUCGUUGCCAGGGAGACAGAGAGGGAGCGACGGGAGCGCCGGUCAAAAGCCGCCGACGUCUCCCGCCACGCGACACCUGCCCGUGUCUCAGGAGCGAAGGCACACGCUGGACACGGUGCGGCAGGCCGGCUUCAGGCCGGACAGACCGGCCUCUGGCCAGGCCGACAAACCGGCCGCGGACAAGGACAUGAUCAGCCGUCAGAUGAACUCGGUGUUCAAGGAGCUCUUGUCUCGCCAGCCGCCGCCCCCCCCCCUCGCCGCCCCUCCUGCUCCCUCUUCCUCCUCUUCCUCCUCGUCCUCCUCUCUUCCUCAAACUGCCCCCGCUGCCAAAAAAGUCGUCUUCGGCCUCAGAGGACGGACCCUGUUCCGGCCGGUGGACUAAGAGAGAGGGGGGGGGGGGAUCUGAGUCUCUGAUUGGUUGUUUAACGUCGAUUACGAUGAAGACGUCGAUACGUUUGGUGAAGAUGUUGAUAUAUUUUUCUGCUGUUUGCGCCGCCGCCGUCUCGUCGUGCCGGUGCCGUGUUGCUGUCCGUGUGUCCGUCCCGCUUCGCGUGUUCUCCAGCCUCAUGUGGGGGUUCUCUUCUUCUUUAGUUCUCACCAGACUGACUUUUUAAAGCGGUUGCCAUGUGCGUACGCUGCCCCCUAGUGGCGGGUUCUGAGAUCAGCUCGCCUGAGAUCGAAUCAAAGAAACCUGCAGCUCCUCACCGUCGUUUCGCUUGAAAAGAUCCGGAAGGUUUGAGAUCUGCGUGUUAUAUUGGUGUUUAAUAUCCGAUCCACGCAAUGAAUAAACUGUGUAAUGUAAAGAAAUUAUACGAAAGACAUUUUAAAACUAAAAGAAACUUGAUUUAAUUGGAUGUGAUUUUUAAACGGACAUAUUUAAAUCAAUAUUUUUGCGAUAUUUGGUGUAAUUUCAUAAAUCACGUUCAACAAUAACAAUGUUUACCUCCUGUCUAAGGAUUAAUAUUAAACAAGGAGGACGUACUGAUGAAAACCGCUUUAAUAAAAAAGAAAACACGUGAUAUAAAAAGGGGAAAACUGGCAUUAUUUUAUUUGUUUUAACUUUCAUGAAAUUUUUUUAAAUGUCCAAAACUAAUUUCUAGCGAAAUUUAAUCAUAACGAUAAGAAUAAUAAUUUAUUAAUCACGAUGUCACAGAUGAUUGUUUAAUUUAGAUUUAUUACACAGUUUAUUCAUGUGAAUAUUUAUUUCGCAAUGAUUCAUUUAAUACAGAAGAUUUUUGGCGCGCCGUAUAAACGUUAGCCGGGGAGACCGUGAGCGGUACUUUAUAGCAGCAUGCGGCGUUCACACACACACACACACACACAGAAAGCACAUUCCCAUUCAUAUGUGAUACUCGGCCUGAUACGCAGGCCAGAACUCAGGGCUUCGUUAGCGCCGGACUAGCUCAGGUUUAGCUUCAAGAAGGACCGCGUAGGACUAACUCUGGACUCGCUCCUCGACUGGAAGCACGUGCCCGAGCCUCGGAAAAACCCAAAAGGCCCCGACGCCCGAGAGGAUUCAGCGACUAAAUAAAAUUAAACUGUGAACGCGGCGCGCUGUGGAAACUCUUCACACGCCUCAUUGUUUCAGGCCUUAUUCACUCUGAAAGCAUUUACAUUGUCCUCGUGCCCCCCCCCCCCCUCUCUCUGUUGUGUUUCAGUUCUGGAAACAUAGAAAGUAGAAUCUUUUUUAUUUGUAUUAUUUUGUUUUCUGAUUUCUGCUCUGUGGUUGAAACACACCCUGUUAUUCUGGAUCACUGUUUGAUGAUGUCACUAAAUUUACUGUGUCCAACUGUGUAUGUGGUGGUAAAAAAAUGAAUUCAAUAAAGAUGAUUAAGUGAU